AUGCCACCAAAGCCGUCCGCAAAGGGAGCCAAGAAAGCCGCGAAGAGCCAGAAGGCCAGCCGUACUGGAGACAAGAAGAAGAAGCAUAAGCGCAAGGAGAGCUACUCGGUCUACAUCUACCGUGUGCUCAAGCAGGUGCACCCCGACACUGGUGUCUCCUCGAAAGCGAUGUCCAUCAUGAACUCGUUCGUCAAUGACGUCUUCGAACGCAUCGCUGCUGAGGCAUCUCGUCUGGCGCACUACAACAAGCGCUCCACGAUCUCGUCUCGCGAAAUCCAGACCGCCGUCCGACUGAUCCUUCCCGGAGAGCUCGCCAAGCACGCCGUCUCCGAGGGCACAAAGGCCGUCACCAAGUACACCUCCAGCAAGUAA